CGGGAACGGCGGCGAGAGAGGGCCCCGCCGGAGACAGAAACCCUCGGAGUAGAGACGCACGAUUCCUCCGGCCCCGCCCCGCGCUCCCGGCCCUCAGCAUGAGCGUCUGGGAGAAGGAGCAUCUCUGGCUCUACCUGCUGGCGCUGGGCUUCGAGCCGGGAGCGGGAGCCGCCGCCGCUGCCGGGAGGCUCAGCAUCCACCUCAGCCUGGGCGUGAACAUGUUUGACAAGCCAAACAAGGAUGCUUUUCAUGUGGUUGCGCGCUUCUUGUUUACUAAACUGGAUCAUUCACGCUCAAUAGAGAUCUUCCGAUUUUGUUGCCCUCCAGCGGAUAAAAAGGGAGAUGCUGAAUUCAGGAAGCAAUGCUGUGAAUGGCUAAAAAAAAUUUCAGAUGAAUGUGGAAACAGCUUUCCCCCGGUUGUAGCCUCACUAUUUCUUUCUCCUGGUGGUCCUAAAUUUAUUCAUCUAAUGUACCACUUUGCAAGAUAUGUAAUAGUACAACAUAUGAAAAAAGAUUCUGAAGACACCAAUAUACAUUUUCCGGAAGCUGUGAAUUCAAGGCCUCAUGACUCAUAUAAGGCAGCAGCAAGAUACAGGGUGGCAUGUAUUCGAUUUUUACAGUCUAUACAAAGGGAAGAUUUUGUAAUUCGAGAGUACCAGAGAAAAGCACAAUUAUUGACUAAACAAAUAAGAGACCCAAGAUCUGAAUGUGCAGAGCUGCACAAACUGCUUCAAAAAAUGGAGCAAAAUAGCCAAAAGCAAAGUAACAAAGCAGAGAGAGUUCAAAAGGUUCGCUCCAGGUGGGCAUCUGUAAUGGAAACACUUACAUUCUUGGAAAAGGAGAAAGAAGUUGUAGAUUCUGUUCUUGAUGGUCACGUGGACCAGUAUGCUUUAGAUGGAACUAAUGUCACUAUCAACGUUCCAAGGCUGCUGCUUGACAAAAUUGAAAAUCAAAUGUACAAAUUGCAUAUAGGAAAUGUAUAUGAAGCUGGAAAACUCAAUCUGUUAACAGUCAUUCAAUUAUUAAACGAAGCAUUGAAGAUUUUAAGAUCUGAACGUCAACAAGUUGACCAUGAGGCACUAAAAUUAGAUCUUCAGUAUAUUGAAGGGAAGACCAAAUUUCAGAAUAAAAUUUUAUUGGGUCUGAAGUCCAUGAGGCACAAACUGAAGCGAGAGGAUCACGUGUCCAUAGUGGAAUCAAUUGCUGAAAAACAAAGAGAUUGGGAUAUGAAGUGGGAAAACUUCCUUGGCCAGUCUCCCUUCAGUUUAAUUAAAGAUCAGAAUCCAGUACUUGAUUUGUUACCAGCUAUGUCUCCUCUUUCUUUCGAUCCUGCAACAGAAGAGGCUUAUAAAAGCAGCGUCUUCUGUAAAUAUCCAGCAUCAAUUCCAGAUACGCCAAAAAAGGAUUGUCAAGCAAAUGACGAUAAGAAAGAGGAUGCAGCAAUGGAAAGUAUAAUGGACACCACAUCUACAGGAAGGAUGCUCUCACACUUGCAGUCAACUACACAGAGCUUUCUCACAGCUGAACCCAGCAGUGUGGUACUUGAAAAGGAUGUACAUACUACAACUCCAAAAAGGAAAGAACGGUCUGUUUCUCAAAAAAUCUUAAAAUAUGCAGUGCACAAACCUAGACCAAUAGAAGCCUGGGAGAAUGGAGACACUCAUGUACUCCAAUCACCAACUGCAAUUAGAAGAGAAGAUCCCGUUAAGAAAGCACAAGAGCAACUGGCAGAAGAGGUUGCAGAUGUAGUGGUAUCAGAAUCGACUCAGGGUGCUGGAAGAAAAGGAAUGGAGUUAGAUGACCUAAUUGGCUCAUUGGCUUCUAACCCUUUCUUAACAAGGAAACAGAUCCCACGAACUCCAGAAAAUCUGAUUACUGAAAUUAGAAGCUCAUGGAGAAAAGCUAUUCAAGCUGAAGAUCCUUCAGAUACAGAGUUGGCUCAGACUGAAAUGGUGACAAAAGAAGCUCCAUUGGAUCUAGAGUCUGCAAUUUGUAGCCGAAUAGAUUCUAGUAUGGCCUGCUUUAUGUCUUCAUCUCACAUGUCUGACCUUAAUGUUUCUAAUUUACUAGAAGGGAAAUCUUCAGUAAGCUGGAUGACACCUGCACCUAAAAAGCAAGUGGUGGUUAGUCACAUCAGUGAAUCGCCAACACAGAUACCAGCUACAAGAAUGCCAGAUAACGAAAGAUCCUGGGAGCUUGGAUCAAAACAUACUGUUUCAAGUAAAAGUCUCACAGAAAAUCUAGAAGAAUCUGUCUUUCCAGCUGUAGAUAAGAGCAUGAAUCCUCUGGAUAAUAGUGCAGAGAGAGAUAUUAAAACAGAUGCUCUAUCACCUUAUUUUUGUCAGAAUUCUUCAAUGCAUACAACUCUGCCAUGGGAUGCUUCUCAAAUGGUAAGUGGUACUAGUUCUGACAGUCGUGAAGUUAUCCAGUUUGGAAUACUACAUGAGACUCUUCCAGAGGAACUUGGCAACAUAAGUCUUAAUAGCUCUAAAAGUUUAGAGACUGAUGAUGAAGUCGAAGGUAACUCAAGGGACAGCAAGUCUUUAGAAAACAUAGUGAAAAAUGAAUGGGCCGCUCAAGAAUGCAAACAGGAUUUACAGUCUAUUCGCAACAGGUAUGAAGCACUGAAAAAGACAGUUUUUGGAAAUGAGGCAGAUUCAUUUCAGUCACCUAGAAAACAAUUUCUGAGGCAUAGAUCAGAGAUAAACCUUACUCCAGGAUGCACAGAAACAAAAGAAGUAUUUAGUCCUCUAGGAAAACUCUAUGCAUUGGAUGCAGAGUAUAUCAAGACACCUUCACGCAUGUCUCUUUUUGAAAGAAGGCACACUUUUUCUCCACUGAUUGCAUUUUCUCCAGUUCAAGACAGACUAAGGCCAAUGACGCAAAAGAAACCUGGAGACUUCCUGCAUAACUUGAAGGAAGAAGAGAAUUUGAAGGAGAAACUGGAUGCAAAAGAAUCAUCAUCUGAUAUAAAGACACGUAAAGAUGAAGCAGUUUCACACUUAAUAGAAUUAUGAUGCACUUGGAUGCGUAAUGCUUGUGUACUAAACAAUUAGACGUACAAUUUAAAAUGCUAUUUGUAAUUUACAUUUUUCAAACUCAUUCUUCCAUUUCAGACAGAAAUUCUGCCAAUACAUCGUUAAAAUAAGCAUUUAAAUGUAACCUGGGAAGAAAUUUCCUUUGUGUACUGUGUCCAUUAAGGCUGAAUUCUUUCUUUGGUCAUUGACCAGAGGGACUUGGAGAUUUUUGACCAUUGAUAUGAGAAGACUAAUAGUCAGAUGUGUGGAAUCAAACAUUUUGUUGGAUUGUGUGGUUAAGUCAUGCACACUGAAACUCCUGAGGCUGACGCGACUUCCUAAAACAGUUCACAUUUUAAUCUGAAGUAUUAAAAAAAAAAACUAGUCAAGGACCCUGUUGAAAAAUGACAUUUAACCAGGUGCAUUAUAAGAUAUCAAGGAUAUCAUUCUUUAAUUUCUGAAGUCUAGCAAAAUUGGAACUUUAAUUACCACACAAAUUGUGAAUGGACUUUGUAGGAGAAAGAGGAUGGAUUCUUGUAAAGGCCUCCUCUCCCCAGUUCCCUGUUUGGGGAAUGACGUUUGCCUCCCAAUCUGACUUGUCAAGUUUAUUUUAUGGAGGCCCUUUUUCUGCCACCAGCUCUGGUGCCCCAAUUCCACAGCAGCCUGGUUCCACUGGUAGUACCCUUGGUUAUAGCAUUGUUUGUCAGGAGAAAUGAUGGGGCUAUUCAGAAAAGGCCUGGAGACCUUUCCUGCCCUGCCCAUUGUAAGCAACUGAAAACUUCUGUGUAUUCAGAUCAAGGUGUGGGUGUGAUUUAGCCUAAUUUAUUGACUUGCAAGGGAAGAGAAUCAAUUUGGUAAGAUGGAGCACUGAUGUCUAUGGCCUCACUACUCCACCUUCCAUAAACAAACCUCUUGACUUAAAACUGUGGGGACCAGUGACUGUUCAAGUAGAACUAAAGGCAAAGUGAGGAAAGAUUUAGGGAGGGGGAGUCAAGUGGAAGAAAGGCACAUGAAGAGUAGGACAAAGGAGUGCUCCCAAACACUGUAACUAAGCCCACUAACAAGACCAAUUAGAAAUCCACUUAUGGGUUAAAGUAAUUUAGGAUUUUUGUCUAACUUUAGAUUUCAUGUUUGACUUUGUCUUGUGUUUAUUUAAACUUUGUUUUUAAAUAGUUUAUUAAAAUGAAAAACAGUUUUCAAUCUUGUUACAGAAAUAUUUAAUUUUAUAAACU